AGUUGUGUUUGUGUGCCUGACGAGUCAAAAAUUCGCCAAAAAGUUCAUAAUAAAGUUCCGGAUGUAAUAUAUGUAACGCACAAAACGGCGGGAAGACAGCAUUCAAAACGUCGUGCUGCUCGCAUUUUCGGUUUUAUUUCGGACGCGGAUUGUCGAUAAACAGGAAUCCAUUUAGAAUGUCCACCAGUGCAGUUAUUCACUCCCCCGCACAGCGUCGCCGCGCCCUGCCCUUCCCUGCCCCACCCUCUUGAUCCAACGAACUCGAAGCGCCCGCUUCUCCAGCAACAACAACAACAACAACAACAUCAUGAACAACAAGAAACACCUGCACGCCAGUAUAUGCUCAUUGAAGAUGAGGUCCACGGUGUAAUUGAGCUGCCCAGACAUAUACAAGAAAUUGUGAAGCAUCCUCUGUUCCAGCGUCUAAAACAUGUUCACCAAUUGGGUCUAAUACCGUGGUCUCUUAAUAGGACAGCCAAUCAUAAGCGCUACGAUCAUUGCCUUGGGGCCUACAAAAGUGCCAAGGAUCACCUAAGGGCCAUUGAAAGAAAUUCUCAUUAUGAACCAAAACUUCCGGACUGGUGUCGUCAGGCAGUGGAAAUAGCCGCCCUCCUUCACGAUAUUGGACAUGGACCGAUGUCACAUGCCUGGGAGCUUCUAUGUCACCAUAGUUUUGAUCACGAGGAAAAUGCCCUAGCCUGUGUGGAUCUCAUUUUCAAUGAUGCCCUUGAUCAGGAGCUGGUCUCCUUGAGGGACGAUGGAAGUGGCCGUGGAGUUCAAUUGAUAAAGGCUCUCAUUCUGGGCUGCAGUGACUCCCUGUCGUUUCCCAUGAUGGGACAUACCUACAUCUUUGAUAUCGUUCACAAUCGGCGCUGCGGAUUGGAUGUCGACAAAUGGGAUUACCUGCGCCGUGAUAACAAACGCUUGCAAAUUCUCAGCGCAGUCGAAAUGGAUUUUGAUGAUGUAUUCCUUCAGGCUCGCAUUUCGGCCGAUGGCCAACGCAUCGAGUAUCGUUAUCAGGACUAUCAUCGCAUAUACCGAUUGUUUGAGGCAAGAUCGCGUCUCCAUGUUGCUGCUUAUCAAAAUCCCCUGACAUGUGCCGCGGAUGUUAUUUUUACCAAAGCAGUACAACGUUUGGCCCCUGAACUAUUGAACAUUCGUUCCAAAGACCCAGAUUGGCUUAAACUAACCGAUGAACUCGUUUUAAAUAUUAUUGAAGCGGAUCCCAUAUCGAGAUAUAUUAAGGAACCGCAACGAAUUGUAGAAGUAUCGAGUGAUGACUGUUCCGGAUCAAAUGUAAUACGGGUGCAGCGAAGUAUUCCUGGACCUUGGGAGGCUAUGAAAUCCGAAGAGGCUUUCGCUUUUUUUGGAAACAAACGCAAAAAGCGUCCAGUUAAUCCAUGCUUAAAUCCGACCAUAAUCAACAAGUGCUACAAGUUAGAGUAAAAAUCUCGAGCAGAGAGUUCCCAGUUCAUAGAUUAAUUCAUGUCUAAGCCGUCAACCACAC